UGACAAUUGCUCGACUGAGAACUGGGCAACCGCACAACAAAUACAAGCCGGUGUCCUUGCGUCACUUUCCAUCGUUCAACAUCGAGCAUUCAUCGGAGCAUCCCUUCUGGACAUUGUCUCAACAUGUUCAAGAAGAAGCCUCAGAUCAAGAACCUCUCACCCCUGCGAUCCUCGGACCGUCGCGGGCUCGCCGAUCAGAUCAUAAGGGACUACGGUAUCCCUGUUCCGCCCCAGGAGUCGCUGGAACCGCCCUCGGAUUCCCAAGACGAGCCAGCAAAACCCCAGACGACAUUGUCGUCAUUGCGCAACUUGCUUCUGCCGGAAUCCACAUCUUCAGCUCGCUUUAUCACGACGUUCGGCCCAGAUUCAGCACUUGUUUCUGGAACUGUCUACGUCGGUGCACACCGCGGUGAAGAUGACCGAGUCCUCUGGAUCCAGUACGAGAAGAACACAAAACUUGUGCCCACCGUCUACACCUUAUGGAAUAAUCCCAACAUCGUGCCGCUCUUGCACACGCCCGACUUUGUGGCCGAGCAGCGGCUCAGACAGGGAGCGGACUUGAUGAUUCCCGGACUCAUCAAGUCGAAAGGCACACGAUGGGACCCGAGGGCCAAAAAAGGCUCCGUCGUCGCUGUUAGUAGCAUGCGAAGAAGCACAGUGCCUUUGUGGGUCGGAACAUGCGAGAUCGACGUGUGCAACUUGGGAGAUGACCUUAGGGGUCAAAAGGGAAUCGCCGUGAAAGGACUGCACUGGGAAGGCGACGAGAUUUGGAACUGGAGUGCUCUGGGAAAUGGAGGCAAGUCGGCGCCUGAGCAUCUGGAUGGAUGGACAGGCCUGACGGGCACCCUCGAGGGGGCUGUUUACAACAUGACAUUGGACGACAGCGACGAGAAUGGCCAAGAAGAUGGUGGGGUCGCGCUGGAUGGAAAUGCGGCAGGAGCUCCCAGCGAAGAAGAGGAAGAACGCGAGCCCACGACGAAGGAAGUGGAUGAAGCCUUUCACGAAGCUUUCCUCUAUUCGCUACAUAAGGCCAAACAGAGCAACAAGGCACCCCAUUACGGCUUCGACUUCCCCAUCCAACCCUCGUUCCUCAUUGCCAAUAUGAUUCAGCCACAUCUCCGAGUCCAGAGCCAGCAAUACGCCAUCAAGAAGACGUCAUGGAAAAACGCCAAGAAAUUCAUCAAGCAACUGGAUAAGGAAAAAUUGCUGAAAUCCAAAGACCGAAACGGCGGAGAGACGGUCAUUGUUGACAUGGAUUUCGAUGACCACCAGGUGACAAGGUUUACACCCUACAAGUUGCCCACACCAAAGGCAGUUUCGAAGGCGGGCAACGAAGGGAAUGGUGGAGACUCGUCUAGCGACCCAUCUCUGGGUCAGAAGAUCGCGAUUAAGACCGUCUACCGCGUUUCUUCGAAGCUGGUACCGACUCUUCUACCUUCCAAGACCGAGUUCUACACGGCACAGCAGGUUUUCUCCGCCCUGAAAGAAUACAUCGACAAAAACCCCGAACUAGGCGGCCAAGGAGCCUCCAGCAUCAAACUAGACCCCUUCAUCGCCAACAACAUCCUCGGAUCCAACCUAUUCCCAGAGGACAGCAAAGUCAUCGCCGCCGGUCGCAUCCAAAAGGGUGCCCUGCAAAGACGCGUCCUGGAGGAUAGCCACCUUUGCCAACCCUUUCACGUCAUCGAAAGGAAUCAGUCAGCAUCGGAGCAGAAGCCCAAAGCCGGACCUGCGCCACAAGUCCACAUCACCAUUGAGAAACGCACAGGCACGAAGGUCGUCACCAAGAUCGCCAACCUGGAGCCCUUCUUCAUCAACCCGCAACAGCUUGCGCCGGAGCUGCAGAAGAAGUGCGCCGGGGCAGCUAGUGUGGCGCCGCUGACGGGGGGCAAGCCAGGGCUCUUGGAAAUUGUGGUUCAAGGCGAUCAGCGCAAGGUGUUGAUUGGGGAUGUUUUGGCUAAGAGGGGUAUCGACGUCAAGUGGGUCGAUGUUGUAGACAAGACGAAGGCUAAGAAGAAGUGAGGACAAGGCAUUAGUGUAAGGAUGCGACCUUCAUGAGACGGCCGGGAAACGUCUAUCGAAGCCCUGGAUAGGAGCUACAUUCACUUUCUGGUUGGCGGCGCCAUUAUGGAUAAGCGCCGCAAUGGAGGUUGUAUGACUCGACCGCUUUGGCCUACGCGAGCACUUCCAUGAGGUAGACUAAUCAACCUACUUUCAUGAUUUACCCGUCUCCUCAAUAUAUGAUGCACGUAAUGAUGCUCUCUGGUAACAUGUAUUCUAUCUUGCAUAACUUUCUCUAAGGGAUCGGUUUUCCAUUGUCCUCAGACGUGUGCGUUUGGCCAUCUGAUGACUGUUUUCCCUCGCUUUCAUAGUUUUCCUUCGAACUGAUAUAAAUAAGGGGCCGAUGGAGGAGAGACUCGUGUGGCCUAUUAGAUGCCUUCCUUGGGGGUUGUUGAUAAAAGCAUAUCAUUAUUAGAAACUGAAUGAUCGAUUUUGGGUCCUCUUCCACGGCCUAGAUUUC